AUGGGUGCUGGCCCCUCUAGACCACCUCCACCACCUCGCGUGGCCAUGAAGCUGGCUGGGACCACCAUCCAGAUCCAGCAUCUACCCCCUCUCAUCCGGGCCCAAACAAAGGAGGGUAUCCUCGGAGCUGUCCUGGCGCGGAACCGCUUCCUCUCGAGUGAGGCGAGAGGCUCGUCUUCGUCUGCAACUACCGAGACGCACAACAAGCUGUCUGCAUCCAUCGCCAGGGCGCACCGUGAUGGCUGUUUCCGGGACUACUUGGUGCUGCUCGUGGAGAAGAGCAUGUUCGGCCUGUGCACCAGAUCCGGCGUGGUCCCAGGGCCGCUCUUGGAGCUGGCGCGCAUGGUGAACCCCUUUCUCGACCGGGAUAGAGAGGGCGCAGCCCCCUCUGAUCCGGACCUGUCCGCUCUGCAGCCGCUCCCAGAUGGCAGAGACGGUGCUCCACUGCAGACUUCGCCGUAUCCCACCACGUUUCGGGUGACUGAUCUAGAGCUGGUGACGGGAGAGGAGAAGGACCUGCUGGUGUUGCUGUAUUACACUCACGACAUGGAUGGGUGUGCAGACGAAGCCAUCGACUUCAUCAGCACGAUCGCGGAUAGGGGCUUGAAGGAGGACACUCUUGCUCGCAGGAGGGAGCCGUUCACAGAGACCGAGAUCUACACCUUCUGGGCCAUGUCCUACAUCACCAGCCACCUCGCCAGCCGCUCCUCGCCUUCCCCUUCUGUAGGAACGACGACGACCACCACAGCAGCAGCCAACCCUCCACAGCCCCUGAAGCUUGCACCCCAAGCCGCCAACCAACUGCGAGCCGAAUCGCAAACGCAGGUCCACCGCCUCUUCACCAUCUGCGACAUGCUCCUGCACGACCACCGCCUCGACCAGAUCUGCCUGCUGCAGCAGCAGCUGCAGCAGCUGCCGCCGCUGCGCCGCGGCGCCGACCAGGUAACGGUGGCCCGGGUGCACUCGCUGGCCCGGCAGAUGAGGAAGAGGAGUAACAGCGACGGGCGCGACGUCAAGGUGUGGCACAUCGCCUACGCCGACUCGCUCGUCGCCGGGCUGCGGCCGGCCAAGCCGCGGCUGAGGUGGAGGCGGGUGCUGGGCUUUGCGGCGCCGGCGGAGGCGGGAGGCGGUUGA